GUUUUUCACAGCGGACGCGCUUUAUUGCGGGCGACUCUGAACACCGCGCUUGAAGCGGGCGCCAUGAACUUAGAGUCCGAGUAUCCAAAUCACUUGGAGCUCCGGACGUACCUUGGAAACUUCUCCACACAUCGGAAUCUACCGGUCUUCACCAUCUCCAAAACGGGCGUGGAGGAAGAACUUGGGCGUCCACUCCCGAGGACCCAAACUUCCGCAGAUCACUUGGCGCCUGGCCACUAUCCAGUGGAGCGAGACUUUCCGACCACCACGCGGAGAUAUGAGGAGAUUCCAUCUGGAUGGCUCACCAGGAGUUCGCGAGUGAAGCAGGUCUUGAUGCCCUAUGAGGACAGGCGGAAGGUGGCAGAAAGGGCCCUGCCGGGCUUGAAGAACCCGGGCCCAGGGCAUUACUAUGAGCACAGUCUCAGCUAUCAGACUGGAGUGCGCUCGACGGAGCACACGACGCCGGAAUGGACCAUUUCAAAGCCCAAGGAAGGUAGCGGUGGCAGGCCCUUGCCGCGGGAGAAGACGGCGGCGGAUCACCUGGGGCCAGGACGGUACCAGCUGCCGAAUCGCUUCACGGAGAUUAGCUUUCGGAAGAUCAGAACCUUGGAGAAGGCUGCGAGGAACAGCCGUGACACCUGGGCGGGACCACAGUACAGUCAAGUCUUCAAGCGGAUCAAACCCCUCGCGCCUGGAGAGAAGUUGCUGAAGGCCGCCACAUUCUCCACUCUGCCCACAUAAUGUGCGUCGUGUUGACACGCGAAAGCCGCGUCUUUAGGUCAUUUAGCAUCGAAAAAACACGUUCAUCAGGAAAAUAUAUGGAAUUGAAGAGGUCUUGAUUUCGAU